UUCCAAACUCAUUCUUUUCCGGUGUACAGAGGUGUCAAAAUUUGUGAAAUUUUUACUACAGUGGCAAGGAAUAGCAAAUUUUGGCGUGAAAAAGCCUCAUUACCGUGCUAGAAUGGCCAAGAAAAAAGGCGAAAAUUACGAUAGCGAUGGUGGAGACGACCAGGACUACGACGAGGAGCCCAAUUUCGACGAUCCGGAGGACUUCGUAGACGACGUCACCGACGAAGAAUUGUUGAGCGAUUUCUUGAAGCAAAAACCUUGCGAAUCGGAUGGUGUGGAAAAUGUUAUUGUCGUGGAUAACAUUCCAGUGGUGGGACCCGCUCGGUUUCCUAAGCUGCAAGGAGUCCUCGAUAAACUUUUCAAGACCGCCGGAACGAUAGUAAACAUUCACUAUCCUAAAGAUGACGAAGAAAAUACCAGGGGUUACGCCUUCAUUGAAUUUAAAAACCCGGAGAUGGCCGAGGAAGCUGUUAAGAGCUUCAACAACUAUCGCCUGGACAAGUCGCAUACAUUGCUCGUGAAUUUGUUUUCGGACUUCCAGAAGUAUUCGGACAUUCCGAAAGAGUGGAGCCCUCCGGAGCCACAGCCCUACAAAAUGCAAAAUGAUCUUUAUAAUUUCUUGACCGAACCGGAUGCUCAGGAUCAAUACUGUGUGAUAGCCGAAUCAUCGCCUGGGGCAGUGCAAGUCCAAUUCUGGCACAAUACCCAGCCGGAACCGGUGGAACUUCUGACCCGUGAUCGCUUUACGGAAACAUACGUCAAAUGGUCACCUCUGGGAACGUACAUCGUAACGUUCCACAAACAAGGUGUUGUCAUCUGGGGCGGUUCCAAUUUUACCAAGAUCAAUAAGUUCCCCCAUGUUGGCACCCAAUAUGUGGACUUUUCUCCGUGUGAGCAGUAUUUGGUGACGUACGGUCCAAACGGCCAAAAGAUAAUUAUCUGGGACAUCCGCACUGGUACCGAGAAACGUUCAUUCAUUUCGGAUGGCACUUCAAACAUGUCGAUGUUCCGGUGGUCCCACGACGAUAAAUAUGUGGCUCGGAUGGGCGAUCAUGCCAUCCAUGUGUACGAAACAUCCACUUUCUAUUUAUUGGAUAAAAAAUCGAUAAAAGUUCAAGGAAUCAGCAGCUUUAGUUGGUCUCCGACGGAUAACGUCAUCGCUUAUUGGAUAGCGGAAGACAUGGAUACUCCGGCUCGUGUAACAUUGCUGGAGAUUCCCAAAAAGAUCGAAAUCCGAAACAAGAACUUGUUCAACGUGGCCAACUGUAAGAUUCACUGGCAAAAGUCUGGGGACUAUCUGUGCGUAAAGGUUGAUCGUUAUUCUAAAUCCAAGAAAGAUAAGAAGGACGCCGACGUAAAGUUUCUUGGAAUGUUUUACAACUUCGAAAUUUUCCAUAUGCGAGAGAAGGAUAUUCCCGUGGACUCGGUUGAGGUGAAGGAAACAAUCCUGGCGUUCGCAUGGGAACCAGUGGGAUCAAAAUUCUCCAUCAUCCAUGGCGAACCAUCGUCCGCCAACGUAAGCUUCUACGAGGCCAAGAAGGGUCAGGAACCCACAAUGUUGAAGAAAAUGGAGAAAAAGGUUUGCAGUCAUCUGUUCUGGUCUCCGCGGGGGCAGUUCAUUGUGUUGGCCAACCUUCAGAUGGGUUCGUUCGAGUUUGUGGACACCAACGAUUUCACCAUCAUGAAGAGCGGCGAUCACUACCGCGCCUCAGAGGUGGAAUGGGAUCCGACCGGCCGAUAUGUGGUGACUGGAACUUCUGGAAAGGUCAAGGAAGAUCACGGUUACUACAUCUGGUCCUUCCAAGGUAGGAUACUGAAGCGCGUCAAUCUGAAAAACUUCAUCCUCUUCCUGUGGCGUCCACGGCCGCCGACCUUGCUGCCGGACGAAAAGCAGAAGGAAAUCCGCAAAAACCUCAAGAAGUACUACGCCCAGUUUGAAAGCAAGGACCGUGUCCGCAUGACGCGCGCCUCGAAGGAACUACUGGAGAAGCGCGCCAAGUUGCGCGAGCAGUUCGUAGAAUACCGUUCCAAGCGCGUGAGCGAAUGGGAAGAGCAAAAGUAUCGCCGCAUACAGCUGAGAAACAAUGUAGAUACAGAUACGUUGGACGCUGAUCCAGACAAUGUAGAAGAAGAAAUUGUAGAAAUUCUAGUACGCGAAGACACCACUCUGCUCGAGUAAUCUGUAUAAGGCAGCAUUCGUACACCGGCACACUCUUUUGUCAGCUCUGCCUAUGAUAGUUAGCAACCCAACAUCUGCGUUUUCAUCUUCUGAUCACAGGAUAAUAUUUUAAUAUCGGCAAAAGAGUGUUCUUGUGGUAUAGUAAAAAAAAAUACUGAAAGAUAGACCCCAUAAGUCUUUAAUUCUGUUAGGACAGGUAAGAAAGUGUUAUACAUUUAGCACAUAUUUCUUACAAGGCCCAUUGCAGGCAAUUCAUAAUUCAUUUGUAAGUUGUAUUUCAAUUGGUAAUAUGAAAAAUAUAAAACAUCUUAUAACUUAUAAUAAAUGGUUCUUAGCUUACAAUAGAAA